CUGCCGUGUGGGUUUUGGUAGGGGUUCUUUGCUCCUCGUUAUGAACCAACCCAUCCCAGCAACGAAGGGGAGAAAAACCCUAAUUACUGAACAAUGGUUUUAUCGAACAAGAAGCUGAAGGAGAAGCUAAGGGCGACAAAGGCUAAAUUGCUGGUCGGACGGAAAAUUUUAGGAGAAGCCCCAGAUUCCAAAUAUGAAGAACAGCUCAAAACAGUUCUUGAAUCCGUGACCCAAAAGCUCAAAUCGUCGAAAAAACGCAGGAAACAGAUUAGAGAUGAGGAAGACGAAGAACUGUCUGAGAAGAGGGGUGAGAAAAAGAGGAAGAAGGGGGAUGGGUUAGAGAUGGCCGAUUCGUCCUUACAGAAACAGAUUUCAGGAGAAGAACGGCAUGAGAUCAUUCCGUUAUCUGCGGCCAAAGCGCUUAAGCGGUUGAAAAGGGAACAAAGAAGGGGAAAGGCGAAAUCUUUGCAAGAAACUUCUGCUAGUAAUACGGAGGGAGGUGAUGAGUCAGGGAUUUUGGGUGAGGAAAAGGGGAAGAAGGGGGAUGGAUUGGAGAUGGCCUAUUCGUCGUUGCAGAAACAGACUUCAGGAGAAGAACGGCAUGAGGUCAUUCCGUUAUCUGCGGCCAAAGCGCUUAAGCGGUUGAAAAGGGAACAAAGAAGGGAAAAGGCGAAAUCUUUGCAAGAAACUUCUGUUAGUAAUGCGGAGGGUGGUGAUGGGUCAGAGAUUUUGGGUGAGAAAAAGAGGAAGAGAGGUGAUGAGGAGGGAUUAGAAGGUAAGGUGGAAGUGAAGAAGGCAGUAGCUAGAACGCCUAAGAAGCAGAAGAAAAAGAAGAAGAAGAUGAAGAAGAAGAAGAAGAGUGAUGUGGAGAACGAGGCAGCAAGCGAUGGAGUGAAAGGGGAUGUGAAGGUUGUGGAAGAGGUAGUAGCUGCACCGGCAAUUCCGGUUAUUGAGAGUAAAGAAAAUGCUGAUGUGUCUACGAAAGUUUAUGUUGGAGGCAUACCGUACUACUCCAGCGAGGAUGAUAUUAAGAGUUACUUUGAAGGCUGUGGAACCAUUACUGAAGUUGAUUGCAUGAUCUUCCCAGACACUGGAAAGUUUAGAGGCAUUGCCAUCAUCACCUUUAAGACUGAAGCGGCUGCGAAAAGAGCUUUGGCCCUUGAUGGAUCUGACAUGGGCGGGCUGUUCUUGAAAGUCCAGCCAUACAACUCGUAUAGACCCAAAAGCAAAGUCGCAAAUUUCUCCCCCGAAGCCAUAGAGGGGUACAAUAGGGUUUAUAUGGGGAAUUUGUCAUGGGAGAUAACCGAGGACGACUUGAGGAACCUCUUUUCCGGUUGCCAAAUAGCGUCCAUCCGGUUUGGGGAAGAUAAGGAAACAGGGGAAUUCAAAGGCUAUGCCCAUGUUGAUUUCGCCGAUAAUCUCUCGCUAGAUGCUGCGUUGAAGUUGGAUCAGAAAAUCGUUUGCGGUAGGCCCGUUAGGAUAAGCCGUGCCGUCCCAAAGAAGAGCUCCGAUGACGACAAGACGAAAGCCACGCAAGAGCGUAACAAGCAGUUCCUACCACAAAACCAAAUGGCAGGCCCGCAACAAAACGAUGUCCUGGAGUCGAGUGGACCAGUGGAGGCAAGUGAUGCGGUGGUUAGUGCGAAGAUACGGAGGCGGACGUGCUACGAGUGCGGAGAACGCGGGCACGUUUCUUCCGCUUGUCCCAAGAAACAGUCUGCAAUGGACACUCAAGUGAAUAGCUUCGACGAUGCAAAAGCCACGGGGCCGGAACGUUUUGAGGCGGGCCCACGACAAAACGAGGCGUGGGAAAGCAAUCCGGCCGAUGCUCUGCCUAGUGACGCGGUGGAGACAAGUGGUGCGGUUAGUGCGAAGAUACGGAGGCGGACGUGCUACGAGUGCGGAGAACGCGGGCACGUUUCUUCCGCGUGUCCCGAGAAACAAUCUGCAACGGACACUCAAGUGAAGAGUUUCGACGAUGCAAAAGCCACGGGCCCGCGACAAAACGAGGCGUGGGAAAGUAAUCCGGCCGAUGCUCCGCCUAGCGGUGCGGCGGAGGAAAUGGUGGUUAGUGCAAAGAUACGGGGACGGAGAUGCUAUGAAUGUGGAGAGCGUGGCCACCUUUCUUCAGCUUGUUCCAAGAAACAAGCUGUGAAAUAGGGCAAGGAAAUCAUGUGGUUUUCUAUGACAAUUUAUUAUUUUGAAAAUUUUGUUUGUUAAUUUUUUUUGUUUUUUUUUCUUCCAAAGUUUUUAUUCAUGUGGUUGUCAUAGAACAUUUCUAAAACAUGCCAUUCCCUUCAUUAAGUACCAUCAAGUGCUCAAUUUAGACCUAGGCCUAUAAUAUACUUUUAGUAUUGAC